AUGGCGACGUUGAUGACUUUCAAACGGGCCAUACUUGUGUUGUGUCUUACCUGGGAGGUCACAGGACAAAAUGUCACCUGCCCAAAUAAUUUUAGAUGCCCCAAAGGCUCUCUGUCGUGUCUCAGUUACCACAGCCGUGACAAUAUUUAUUCCAUCCCUUCUCCACUGGCGCCAAGUUUGGCAAGAAUAAGUAUAAGGCAUCAAAACAUCACAAACAUUAAGGUUGGAGAUUUCCCCCUUCUGAAGUCUCUGGGUAGCAUGCGUAUACAGGACUCUAGGGUUGCCAGUAUUCAGUCAGAAUCAUUCGCAACUUUGCCUUGUCUCAUGGAACUAGACCUUACUGGUAACAACAUCAGGAAACUGGAGCCAGAUACUUUUAAGGCACUGCAUAAUCUGAGGAUUAUGCAAUUGAGUAGAAAUAGGAUACAUUCUGUUGACCAGGCAGCUUUUGCUGUGCUACCAAAACUGAAAACGUUGGGUUUGAACAACAACUGUCUUUUUAGCAUUCCACGAAGCAUUGCGCUGCUGAAAUCACUUAGACAUUUGAGUUUUCUGAACAAUAUCAAAACAUUCCCAAUACGUGUAGAAGAACUGUCAAGUUUACCUGUAUCGGACUUGGGUAUGAACAAGAUAGGAUGUGACUGUGGGGAACGAGCAGCUAAGAGAUGGUUACUUGGCAGUCCACAUACACUGAUGUGGCGUGUGGUAUGUAUUGAUAAAUUCACUGGACAGAUGAUGUGGCUGAAAGAUAUUCCAUGGAGCGACCUGACUUGCCCAGCACCCAAAGUGUCUGUAACAUUAGAAAAUCGAGGAGAGAACGGCAUAGAGGCCAUCUGUCAGACAUACUGCGAAAAGGGCCUCGCCUUCUCGUGGAUUCUUCCGAACGGUGAGCACAGCUCUUCAAGUUACGAGUACUCGACAAACUCCACUCACAUCAGGACGGUGACUUGUAAAGGGUCGGACGUAGACAUUUCGGAGACUAAGAGAAUGUGCUCCUCAGUCUUGAACAUACUUGACAAAACCAUAGCAGGGAACUACACUUGCAUAGUGACAACUAACUAUACCAACUCUGCCAUAGCAUCCGUCGUACUAACGAUCAGUAAUGCUACAGACAACGUUGUAAGAAAUACUACACCAACAGACGAGUACGUAAUAUUCCUACAUGAAGAAGACAAUAAUUCGAAUGGACUGCCUAGGUCAGAGGUGAUCAUCUAUACAGGAGUGGGAACUUUCUUCUGUUGUUGUGUUGUGUUUGUCAUUUGCAUGAUAAAACGUAGACCAGUGUCUGAGGGAAAUGACGGGCAGGGUGUCACAGUGGAAACACACUACGAAAACGACGACCAGUUUCCAGAGACGAAUCCGGAUAGGCACUACGAAAACGACGACCGCUUUCCGGAGACAAAUGGAGGUACUCAUCCGGACGGACACUACGAGAACGACGACCAGUUUACGGAUGCAAAUCCGGAUGCAGUCAAACACUACGAAAACACCGACCAAAACAGAGAGGAGAGAUCAGAUAGACAAUAUGAGAAUGAAAUGAAAGCAAACGCGGCAUUUCAAACAUGUGAAGUUUAUGGGGACACUUAG